UGCGGGGUGCAGAACUUCAAGCGCCGUGAGAAAUGUUUCAAGUGUGGCGUCCCCAAAGCCGCCAUCAUCCUGCGGAACCUGCACCCCCAGAGCAGCCUGGAGUCCAUCCUGGCCGCGCUCGCUCCCUUCGCGGCGCUCUCGGCCGCCAACGUGCGCGUGAUCAAAGAUCGGCAAACGCAGCUGAACCGCGGCUUCGCCUUCGUGCAGCUCAGCACCAUCGUGGAGGCUGCACAGCUGCUGCAGAUGCUGCAGGCGCUGCACCCGCCCCUGCACAUCGACGGCAAGAGCAUCAACGUGGAGUUCGCCAAGGGCUCCAAGAGGGAUGUGCAGGGGGCGGGGCCUGGGGAGGGGCCCCCCCGCGCCAGCGCCGCCUCCGUCGCCUCCACGGCCAUCGCUGCGGCCCAGUGGGCUCUGUCACAGGCAGCCCCCGGCGGUGACGCCCCCUGGGCCGGGGGGGAGGAGCCCAGCGCUGACUUCAGCGGCUUCUACCAAUCAGAGGAGCCCUUCCCCGGGCCUGGCCCCGCCCUCUACAGCCCCGCCUACCUGAAAGGAGCCUCGGCCCCGCCCCCCGGCCCCGCCCUGCCUGGCCCCGCCCCUGCCAAGGCCGACGGCCCCGCCCCCGGUGAGUGCUGGCACCAAAGCAGGUGUGGGCCCUGUCCCCAGGUGUGACCUUCUGCCCCCAGA